AUGGCCCUGCAUCUACCGCUACAAGCCUGGCAGUGCUUUAAACAAAAGGCUACCUGGCGGACUCGCCCGCUAGCCCAGAACCUUAUUGCUGGAUUAGUCCUGUGUCUUCUACCCGGCGUCUAUUUAGCCCUGACAAGCCUCGGAGCCGGGGGUGGGAGAUCCAGCUCGGAAACACUGGCGUCUAAUGUCAAUGCGAUCUUGUACGGCGUCUUCGCCGGCACGGGCUGGCUCGGUGGCAUCGUCAUGAACCUCCUCGGCCCAAAGCUCACCAUAGCUUCCAGUGCGAUCGGAUACAUUGCAUACACCGCUGGGUUAUUCUAUUUCGACACGAGCGGCAAAUCGUGGUUGGCAUACAUGGGUGGCGCGCUCGAGGGGGUCUGUGCCGGAUUGCUAUGGGCAUCGGCAGGUGCCAUUGCAUACUCUUAUGCAGAAGAGAGGCGCAAGGCCUUCUACGUGACAAUUCAAUGGGUAUGCUGCGUCGGCGGGUCAACUAUCGCUGCAAUCAUCGCACUGGGCAUCGAUCUUCACAGCCGAGACGAGAGCGCCGGAGCUCCGACCAGCGUUUAUGGCGUUUUGAUCUCUUUGCAGGCAUCUUCCAUCGCCGUAAGUUUACUAUUGCUUGUCCGGCCCUCCGAGGUUCAGCGCAGUGACGGACUGAGAAUUGCCAACUUGUUCAAUUCCUCCGCCAUGGAUGAGUUGUGCGGCACCUGGGAACUGGUGAAAGAGUGGCGGUUUAUAUUGCUUCUGCCGGCUAUGUUUAGCGGCGAGGUUACCCUGGCGCAACAGAGCUCUUUGAAUGCCCACUAUUUCGAUCUUCGCACACGAUCCUUGAACAAUAUUCUGUUUAACUCUGUUCAAAUACCAGCGAGUCUUGGGAUUACUUGGGUCCUUGACCGUAGUCGUCUGUCGAGUCGCAAACAUAGAUCGUUGGUUGCCAUCUCUAUCGUAACAGUUUUCACAGUUUCAGUGUGCUCCUGCCAGAUUGCUUGGCUAUCACAGCAUAGGAUUGAUCGGAAAGGCCAGGGAAGUUUGACGGACUGGAAGGACUCGGCAUUCGGCGGGGCAUUUGCUAUCUAUAUUCUCUAUGGCGCAGUAUACGGUGCCUUCCAAAUGGCAACACAAUACCUACUCAGCUCAUUCACUAACGAACCAUUGAAGCAAGACCCCUUCCCAAACAUUAUCUACCACUUGAUGAAUAUUAACGUGCUUUCAGACUCGCGCGAUAUUCGGGUUUGUUCAGAGGAGUGA